UCAGGUGGAGAAAGAAAAAAGGAGGCGUAGAGACAGAAAGAAAAACAGACGCACACACGUGGCUGAAUCACAAAAACUGCUGCAUUUUAACAUCUGAACGUCUCCCCUGGCAGCCUCGGAGAACGAUUCAGCAGAGUUUACAGCGGUGAAGAAGUCACACCACCAUUGACAGCUGGUACACAUUAACAGCAGGCAAUUUGUCACCUUCAGCUGAAUUCGAGCCACAAACACACACAUUUUCACUCUCCCUGCAUGAGCCUUCCUUUUCUUAUGCCAUUUAAAAACCACAUGAUGAGACGUGCACUCGUGGUUCUCGUUGUUUUUUUCUCCAACACUGUCUCUCUGUGGAGGAAAGCCAACAUUGCACUUUGCUUCACAUCCAAGAAGCUGACGUAACACCACACUGCAACCACAAAUAUUCAAAGAAAAUGAGGGACCGUUCUGUUUUGGAUGUGUCUUUGAGUUGUUUUAUUGUUUUUAAUGUGAACUGUCACGUAACCAAACUGAGCUCUUUUCCUUUAUCACUUGGCCCCCAGUGAGUCAGUGUCCAGAAACAUUUUGAGGAAGUUGGUUUUGCCAGAAACAGGAAAUCCUUCAGUUACAGUUUAUUCAUCAAGAGAAAAUGAGAAGUGCUGAAGAGACAGACGGCACAAUCUCAUCAGAAGAUCAUAUACACAUCCAACUAACUCAUAAAUCGCAACAUGGAUUCUCAGCAGAUUCGGCACCUUUUCUUCAUGUUUACUUGGAUACUUGUAUUUUUUCUCCCUUCUGUGUGUUCAGGAAUGGAUGCACCAAAAAUGCGCUUGGAGAACACCAUCUUUGUGGCCUUUGCAGGUGAAGAUCUCAGUAUUAACUGUGCGUUAGAGAAACCAGCAAACCAAUCUAAAGACAUCUUGAGGUGCUCCAUUCCUCAGGGAGAGAUAUACCGCUGUGAUGUUAAUUCUACGUAUGUCAAACCACAAACAGAAAACCUGCAACUGGAGCUGAAAAAUUUGACCUAUUCAGGAGAAUACAACUGCCAGUAUAAAACAGCGAAGGUGUCCUUUUUUGUUCGAGUGAGGGCUGAAGGCUACAAGGAACCCAAAAUGUUCAGUUACACCGAACUCAUCACUGUGGCCACUUUCACGAGUGUGAUGUUGAUCUUCAGUGUGAUCGGCUCAGUGUAUGUCUUCAGAGGAUAUUGGAAAGAGAAGAUGACUGAAAGUGGCGACAGGCAGAAAACUAGCAGAAAACCAAAGGACAACAGAGAAGAGAAGAAAAAAGAAGAUAUGGAUGAAACUCAUGCAGAUGUAAUGGCAACUCAGUCUACCUCCUUCUAUGCUAGUCUUGAGACUCGACCCAGGUCCAUCUACGAUGUUCUGGACCACUCAGCUGCCAGCAGAGAAACAGACCGGAGGAAACCUAAACCAAAGAAAAAGAACCCCCCAAAAACGGUGGAGCAAACUACAGAGCAGCAGGAUGAAGGCGUGUUCGAGUGUGUUUACGAAAACUUUUGAAUCAUAAAUACACUUGUUUCAGCAGAAUGUUUAUAUCACCAGCUGUAAUAUGUAUCAUUGCUUUGCUAUUUUGAUGUCAUACGCAACAGUAACAGAAUAACUUAGAUUCCUUACCUCAGUAUAAGUAGCAAAACCACAAUGUGAAAAUAUUCAAUAAGGGUACUAAUAAAGGUUUUGCAUUUAAAAUAUAUAAAUAAUAAAUGUACAAGAGUAUCAACAAAUGUGCCCAAAGUAUUAAAAUAACUAACCAAACAGA